AUGGAGGUAAUUGAGAUUAUAGAUGAGGAAAUAUAUGAUGUAAAUAAGGAUGCUCAGAAUAUUCAGAAAGAGAAAGAUACAUUGAUGAUUAUUACCAAUAAUAGACAGAUAGUAAAGAAAUAUGAUAAGCCGUUUAAGAUUAGUUCUGAUAGGGCUAUUAUGAAUACUAAAUACAGGAUUUCAAAAUACUUGACAAGUGUAUUUUGUGGGUUGCCUAUUGAUUUAAAUGCUAGAAAUAAGUAUUUUUGUAGAAUACGUCAAUUAUUAUUAGAUAAACUUGUAGCGAUAGAAAAUAGAUUAAAGAAACAAGAAAAGAAUAGACAGACUACAACUUAUAUUAAAUUUAGUUAUAUAUGUCAAAAUUGUCGUUCAAAGGUGAUAGUAACACCUACACCUUCCAUGCCAAAUACGUUUAAAAAUUAUUGUCAAAGUAAACAAAUACAUUUCGACCUGUACACUAAUAAUGGAUUUGAGUCAAAGCCAAUAGUUUCCAAAUAUCGAUUGAAACGAAGAUGUGAUAUUCUUAAGAAACAUUAUAUAUCAAACAAGGAAUUAGAGUUUCUGUUAGACCAAGUUACAAGUAGAUCAGGAUACAACAUGUUGAAAGAAGAUAAUUUGAGAAAAUAUUCACUGUUGAAGGAAUGGUUAAUAAAAAUAAGAAAGAAAAAAGAAGCUGCUUUUGAACGCAAAGGUAUUAAGGUGGCAGAACAGUCGACCAGUGCUGAAACACCGAUUACAAGGCCUGAAUUUCAUAGGGAGUUGAAUAGUGUCAGAGAUCUUAAAACUCUGUCGAUAUAUCAUAAUGGAGUUAGAAACAAAAGACUUGUUUAUAACUUGUCUUAUAAGUAUGUUAUUGAUCAGUGUAAAAUAAGGGCUCCUAAAAUUAUACAGGAGUAUUCAAGAGAUGAUAUAGAUACACAAGAAUUAAAAAUUAAAAUUAAUGAGCUUGGUAUAUGGGAUAUUGGAUGUUUAUAUGAUUUUACAUUUUUAAUGAAGAAUCAAGUCAGUUGUCAGUUAAUAGAAUUAUUAAAGUGCUAUAAAAUAAUUGAAGAAAAAUUGUUGUAUAAGGUACUGAAACAAAUAACUGGAAGAGUUUUAUUAGAAUUCAAAGUGCUUAUUUGGGAACUAAGGAACGAGUUACAAAUAAAGGAAGAAAAGCGGUGCGGUAUUAGCGGUAAAGAUAAAAAAGCUAAGUCACAUAGUAAACGCACUGAAAUGGGUGUUAAAGAUGUUGGCUGUAAGAUGUUAGAAAGUAAUUGGAAUAAAUGGAAUGAUUUAGCAUUCCAUCAAGGCGGUUAUUGGGCAAAUUUUUAGGUAGAUCAUGACAGUUACCUUUGAAUUUGAGGUUGCAUCAUGGUUUUUAACAAUGAUGUGAUCGUUUAGGUAACAGGUCGACUUGUUCUUUAUGAAAAGUAGUCUUGUUUCAUAAUGCUUAAUUCUUAUAUGUAUUUGU